CAGAAGCUCUCCAGACUGACUUAUAUCGCCAGCGAUCUAUUUUCAACCGAUUCUUGUAUCGAACGGGACGACGGAAAGGAGCCACCGAAAGCGAUGACGUGCUGCAGACUCGCCUCAAACGCUGCCUUUCGACCCUGGACAUCACUCUACUCGGAAUUGGACACAUGAUGGGUUCCGGUAUUUACGUCAUAAGCCCGGAGGUCGCAAAAAAAGCUGGUCCGGCCUGCGUGCUCUCAUAUAUGAUCGCAGGCAUUGCAUCGAUGCUCGCAGCGCUGGCCUACGCAGAGUUCGGUGUUCGUUUCCCUCGUGCGGGCUCGGCGUACUCGUACGUCUACUUCAGUAUGGGGGAGUUCCUUGCCUUUAUCGUCGGCUGGAAUGUCAUUCUAGAGAAUACAUUAGCGAUAUCCGCUGUUAUUCAGGCUUGUGGCGCCUACAUAGAUUCACUCAUGAACGGAGCCAUUUCGAAGUUCAUCAUCUCCAACAUCGGUACACUGACAACGGAUGUCGAGCAUUCGUACUUCAACACGGAACCUCGUCUGUUGGCGAUCGCCAUUAUGUUAGUGUUCGUCGUCAUACUCCUGCUGGGCACGUCCGGAACUUCAUCCGUGGGAAACGUACUGUGCGCGAUCAACAUCGGAAUGCUCCUCAUGAUCGUGGCGAUUGGGAUUUGGAAGGGCGACGUCAGGAAUUGGACGAACGCAAGUACCGGCGGUUUUUUCCCAAAAGGCUGGCAAGGGGUUUUCAGUGCGGCCUCGAUGUGUUUCUUCUCGUACGGAGGCUUCGACGCAAUUUCGGCUGCUGGUGAAGAGGCCAAAGAUCCACGGCGCUCAAUGCCAAUCGCCACGAUUGUUGCCAUGAUGACCGUGACGGUGCUCUACACGGCUGUGGCGGCGUGUUUGACUCUGCUAAGAAAUUGGACACAAAUCAGCCAAAACGACGGAUUUCCGGAUGCCAUGCAGCACAAUGAAGUCUACUGGGCUAAGUAUCUUGUAACGAUAGGAGCUAUGUGCGGUAUGACAACGGUAUCUGUCGUGACAUUGUACACGAUUGUGCGGGCGGCCUACUCGAUGGCUGAGGACGGACUCCUAUGCCCAUUGUUCGCCGUUAUCUCGAAAAGGACGCAGGUCCCGCAAUAUUCCAUGUUGAUUUUCGCGUGCGUCUCCACCACGAUCGCGGUUUUUUUCAACAUUGAAACCAUCGUCGACAUGCUUUCGAUCGGGACUCUCAUGGCCUAUAUGAUGGUCACCUGUGGUCUGGUCGUAUAUCGCUACUGUGGGACAGGCGACGUUAGCCUGGAGUUCAGGCGUUUUCCUCGGCUCAAUCGCGUCAGACCUCCGUUUAUCGGACAACGAGCAUUCGUCUACCUGAACUUGGCCCUAAUAAUCGCGUUGAGUUUCAUCCUCUCCUUCGCGGUUCAGGGUCUCUGGAACGAUCCAACCUACCUCAGUCAGAUCACCGCUGGAACACUGAUCCUGGUUCUUACUUCGUUACUUUCCGCGCUCGAGGAAGUUCCUGACCCAUGCCAGACGUACAGGAUGCCUUUGAUGCCGUGGAUGGCGGUCGUCAGCAUCAUGGUGAAUUGUGUGUUGAUGAGCACGCUACCCGGAAUAACAUGGGUACGACUCAUUGUCUGGUUGCUGAUAGGAAGUAUAAUUUACUUCACCUACGGGAUCCGGAACAGCGAGCUAGAACGGAGAUACGCAGCAUGCGGCAAGAAUCCUGAAAAUAAUAUUGCUCUGUGA